AUGGCAGGCAAGAAACGAAAGCAGAGCAGCCGUGGGAUGGUGAAGAAGAAGGUCAAGACGAUGAAGGUUGCGGAUGUGCAGGAACGGGACGGAACGGUGCUGCAGGAGCUGCAGGAGGAUCAUUUAAGUACCGAGCACGAAGGUGUCGGUUGUCAAGAGACGGGAGACGCCGCUGCUGGGACUAAUUCUGUGACAAAGGGGCUUCUUUCGGAUGAAUUGAUGCAAGAAUUGGGUCAAGACGACGCUGGCGGUGCCUUGGUGCUGCCUGGACAUCGUGAGAAGAAGCAGAAGGUGGAGAACAUGCCCGAGGAGCUGCUGCAGCAAGCGCAGCACAUGAGUAAGAGUAAACGCAAGAAGCUGGAAGCCAUUGCAGCAAGGAAAGUCAAGGAGGCGAAGCGUGAGGACUUGUAUAAGUCGCUUGAGAAGCAGCAGCUCUCGCAGGACCAGAUGAAGCUCUUGUACAGCACGUCGCAGAUGGGACACAAGGAGACGCUACGAGAGCGUUUGAAAAGGUCGAUGAAUCGACAGAAAGCAGGGAUUGAACUCUCGGAGGAGGCAAAGAGUGAGUUGUAUAAAAAGAAGGAGAGGGGAGAGAAUGAGGACGAGGAGGGUGAUGGAAAUAUGCAGGUAGAUGACCUGGUGGAGAGCGAGCAGAUCAACAAGUUGAACCGCAAUGAAAAGACGGGUGGUGGUGGUGACGGUAGCUGCGUUGCAGACGCUGAUACGAGCCAUAAGACUGAGGUUUGUGGGACUGCUGCACCAGAAAAAGGUAGUAAGAAGAAGCACGGGAAGAAGAAAACAAUUGUGGCGAAUCGCGCAGUGCCAAUGCUGCCUACGCCCGACGAAACCGCCAACCUCGUAAAGAAUGAAAGAGAAGCUCCUGUUAUGACCCUUCACCAAAUGGUAGCUGAAGAGGAAGGUCCUGAGGAAGAGGCUAAGCACGCUAGUUCACAAAGCGCUGCAAUGACAAAAUUGGAAGCUUUACGCAAGAAAAAUGAGGAGAAGCGCCGAUUAAAGGCACUCGCUGCGACAAAUCCCCACGACGAUUCUGCUACGAAGCAGAAAGACGAUGUAGCGGAGGGUAGCGUGGCUGCGUAUGUGCCAAAGCCGAUUGUGAUGAAGACCGCUGCUGAAGUCCGUGAGCUCAGCAAGAAGACAGCGUUGCCGUAUAAGACCACUCUUGUCUCGUUGUCGCGGGACCCAACGAUACAAAUGGCGCGUAUGCAACUUCCUGUAUGUAGCUCUGAGCAGGAAAUUAUGGAGGCCAUUACUGACAAUGACGUGGUAAUUUUGUGUGGUGAGACGGGCAGUGGCAAAACUACGCAAGUGCCACAAUUCUUGUACGAGGCUGGCUAUGGUCACCCGGAUCAUGCGACACAUUGUGGCCGCAUCGGUGUAACUCAGCCACGACGUGUUGCUGCCGUUUCUACUGCCAAACGCGUUGCUGAGGAGCUUAACGUUCCGUUUGGCGCGCCUAAGGGACAUGUCGGCUACCAAAUUCGUUAUGAUGCUGAACACGUGAGCGAACACACACGGAUCAAGUUUAUGACUGACGGCAUUUUGCUGAAAGAGAUUCAGCAGGACUUUUUGUUGCGUCAAUACUCGAUUCUUCUCUUGGACGAGGCUCACGAGCGCAAUGUGAACACGGAUAUUCUGAUCGGAGAAAGAGGUCGCUGA